UUGGAGUUGAGUAUCUGUUGAUAGUCAUACUCCGUACUACCCCGACUUUCGGUCUGCAGUGGGGAAAUCCACAUCCACAUCCACAUCCACAUCCAUAUCCACAUCCACUUGUCCGGUUGACGGUUGACGGUUGACGGUUGACGGUUGACGGUUGACGUGCUUGGCGUCGAUCUACCAUCUCAUAUCAUCACUUCGUACCGUACAUUCAAUCAGGUUCCGAUUUCAAUUCCAAUUCCAAUGUCGACAACCACGAGCACAGCUAUGGAUGGUACUAGUGCUGGUGCUGGUGCUAGUGCGGACGCUUGGUCCCCGAGCUCCUGGACCUCCAAACCCAUCAAGCAAGAUGUCGUCUAUGAUGAUGCAGAAGGCGUGCAGGCUGCGCUGGAGAAAUUGCAAAAGUUGCCUCCGUUGGUGACUACCCAGGAGGUCAAUAAUUUGAAGAAGAGCUUGAAGAAUGUCGCCCUGGGGAAGGCGUUUGUUCUGCAGGGUGGCGACUGCGCCGAGCUAUUCGACUACUGCAACCAGGACAUGAUCGAAGCGAAAGUCAAGCUGCUCCUGCAGAUGAGUCUGGUCCUGAUUUGGGGCGCCAACAAGCCCGUCGUCCGCAUCGCCCGAAUUGCUGGCCAAUUCGCCAAACCCCGCUCCAGCCCCAUGGAAACCGUCAACGGGGUCGAAAUGCCCUCCUUCCGCGGCGACAACAUCAACGGGUUCGACGCGACGCCCGAAUCGCGACGCCCGGACCCAUCGCGGCUGGUGUCCGCAUACUUCCACUCCGCCGCAACCCUCAACUACCUGCGCGCGUCGCUCUCCUCGGGCCUCGCCGACCUGCACUCCCCGCUAGACUGGGGCCUGGGGCACGUCAUCACGCCCUCCAUCCGCGAGAAAUACACCAAGAUCGUCAACCGAGUCAAAGACGCCCUGCGAUUCAUGCAGACCGUCGGCAUCGACACCGACCGCGGCGUCGAGACCGUCGACGUCUACACCAGCCACGAGGGCCUCCUCCUCGAAUACGAACAGAGUCUCGUCCGACUUCUCAAGAACCCCCUUCCAUCGCCGUCCCCAUACACCAUCACCAACAACCCCUUCUCGGCCACCACCCCUCCCCCUCCCCAACCCCAGCCCGCCACGACCCUGCCCCUCAAAUCCUACUACGCCACCUCCUCCCACUUCCUCUGGAUCGGCGACCGCACACGACAACUCAACGGCGCGCACCUCGAAUUCUUCCGCGGCCUCGCCAACCCGAUCGGCAUCAAAAUCGGCCCCAGCAUCACCCCCACCGAACUCAUCACCCUCCUCGACACCGUCAACCCGUCCCGCGAGAUCGGCAAAGUCACCCUGAUCUCCCGGUACGGCGCGUCCAAAAUCUCCACCUAUCUCCCCGCGCACAUCGCGGCCGUGCAAUCCUCCGGCCACAUCCCGGUGUGGCAAUGCGACCCGAUGCACGGCAACACGCAGACCACGCCGUCGGGCAUCAAGACGCGGCACUUCAGCGACAUCUUGUCCGAGCUGAAGCAGGCGCUGGAGAUCCAUCGCUCCUGCGGCAGUUUCCUGGGCGGCAUGCAUCUGGAGUUGACCGGGGAGGCCGUUACGGAGUGUGUGGGUGGUGCGGCCGGGUUGACGGAGGAGGGGCUCAGCGAGAGGUAUACCACGUUUUGUGAUCCGAGGUUGAAUGAGAAGCAGGCGUUGGAGUUGGCGUUUUUGGUCGCGGGGUUUUAUAGGGAGGUGGAUGAUGAGGUCGUUUGAUUUGAUUUUAUCAUCUUCCUGUUUCUUCUGUGGGUAGUGUGUUUAGUAUUUGUUCAAUUGGGGGGGUUUUUAAAGAAGGAAGGGGGGACCGUCCUGGCAGUCGGGUUGGUUCAGUUCGGGUUGAUUUUCGGGUCGAUCAUGCAUGCUAUACCGAGUUCUUUAUUACCUACUAGUAGGUAGGAUGCCUGUGUACCCGGUGAAAAUCUGAAAAUAGUCAAGAGUGGUUUCUCAUAUUUACUUCAACUACAGAGAAACUAUCACUG